UACGCACCAGGCAUUGCGCAUCGUCGAACAUCACCAUGGGCGCCGAGAACUCGAAACCCUCCAGCGAUGUCUCGCAACACGUCUUCUCCUCAGACACCCCCGUCAGAUUCUCCAAUGGCCUAGUUGAUUCGCUGCAGAAGAACACACAGACCGACUCCACCCGGUCCAAACAGCAAGAGCUCCAGUACCAGCAGCGCCUGACCGCGGAGCUCGAGAAGCUGCGCGAGAAGGAGGCCCAGAACCUUUCCGACCUUUCCAAAACCCUCCAUGUCGAAGAGCCAUCCGAGCCCACCUCGCUCACCGACAGGCUCUCCGACGUCACCGAGAAGAUUAGCGAUGCAACCUCAAGCUCCGCUACCCUCGCCGAGAAGCGCAGGCAGCAAGACAUGAGCAACUCCAGCGUCACCAAGGAGAUCGAGGCCCUGAGGAAGAAGCUGGACGCGCGGAAAAAGCUCGAGCAGGCCGACCCGCAGGUCAACAAGGCGAAAGAUGACGUGGUCGCGUGCUUGCGCCUGCACGACCGACGGCCGCUCGACUGCUGGAAAGAGGUCGAGAUCUUCAAGAAGGAAGUAGGCCGGCUGGAGAGGGAUUUCGUGGAGAAGACGAUACGAUGAGCACCCUCAGAUACCCGUCCAAACAAACAUCCAUGCAGGGACCUUUCUGAGGACUCCUGACCUUGUACAGAUAAAAUCCAUGUUACCAGUAUUACU